AUUGAUACAAACAUGCAGGCUGAUGGUCACCUUAAAACCGGAUGUUACACUCAUACUUGUCCAGGUUUCGUACAAGUUAAUCCAAACAAAAAAUUUGCUCUUGGAGCUGCCCAAUCACCUGUCAGUUCCAUUGGGUCAGAGACCAAAUGGCUUCUUAAUGUCAAAAUUAAACAGGAUCAAUUCACGGGUCAUUGGUGGUUAAUUGUUGAAAAAGAAAAAAUUCGUGUUGGAUAUUGGCCUAAGACAUUGUUUACUCACUUAAGCAAUGGAGCAUCAUUGAUUAGAUUUGGCGGUGAAACUUAUGCUCCACCUAAUAUGGAUAAUCCCCCAAUGGGUAGUGGGAGACUUCCUCAAGAAAGAUUUAAAUACUCAGGUUUCAUGGGAAACCUUGAUAUCAUUGAUUCAAAAUAUAAUGAAUUCGAUAUUAAACCUAAGGAAAUUAAAAAAUAUAGUGAUGCCAAUUCAAAGUGUUAUGACUUGCUAUACAAUGGCGAGUAUCAAGGAUCCUACUAUCGACAAGCUUUUCUUUAUGGCGGGCCAGGUGGAUCAUCAUGUGGUAUAUGAUGUAUUCACAACUUUAGUAAAUAAAAGGCCUAAAAAUACUAUUUAAUAAAAAUUUACUUCAUAUAAUGGUGUCUUCUUUGAAAUAAUUCAUUCACUUUUUAUUCCAAUGGUUAAUUCAUAAUGAUCGUAAAAAUUACCUUACAUGUGGUCAGAGAUAAAUUAUUCUCAUGUACUUAAUUAUCAAAAAAUAAAAUUUUAAAAUAUAUUUAUCAAAAAAUAUAUUUUUUAAAAUUACAACGUUCUCAAUAGAAUGUCUAAAACGGCCAUAAGAAAUAAUUAUCCAUGUUUUUGAGAGGUGCAUAAAAGGAAGGAAAAAGAAAAUAGGGUGCAAAAAUGAAACCCAUUCUAUCUAAAACAGUUAAAUUAGUUUUUAUGGGCCGAAAUAAACAAUUGAGCCCAUUCCAAAAUCGAAGUCCUUCAGGAAGUAGCAACCACCGGUCCGAACAAUCUUCAUCUUCCAACUCUGAAAUGACGACGGGUUCAUCAACUUCUUCAAUAAUGGACAAUCUCUUCCAACGCACUCUCGACGAUCUCAUCAAAUCCAUGCGUCUUCAACUACUUAACGAAUCAACCUUUGGAACCUAGGUUAGGGAAGAGGGUUUUGAUUAAGGAGAUCGGGAGCGAAAUCGCUUGUUUUUGAGUGUGUGAGGACUGUGAUAACUAGUUUGAGUGAUCAUGAGUCUGCUGUUAAGUUGGCAGUUUCAAAAAUUAGGGAGUUGUUGGUUGAUCAGGAUCCCAAUCUUAGGUAUCUUGGUUUGCACGCGUCAGAAUGAGGACACUGGGGGAAAGAAAUAUACUCAAGUUUCAGCUGUUAUAAAAUCUAAUGAUGGAAGAGUUGCUGUUCCAGAUGGAUUAGUUCUUAAAGAGAAUCUUGACGACUUAAAAUCAAUAUGCGGUGAUGGUGAUAUUGAGCAAACUUCAUCAAGCAGGAGGU